UUCAUUGCAGAGUUGCAUUUUCCAAGGCUCUGAAACUAUGAUAAUUGUACGUUAAGGUGGGGGGAGGGGGGUGUACAACGUCGCUGACAAGCUUUAUCCGUAGCGUAGGCACAUAACUGUUGCUUUCAGGUGCUUUCUGUUUCGUUUAGUGCCACCCAUGAAGUCAAAAGCUGCUGAUGUUUUUAUGUGAGGAAGUCCGUCUUGUCAGGAUGUUUUUUUCUCCAUGAUCUCGACAGCUCUAGAAUUACUCAGAUUGCAUCAUCCAGAAUGCUGGAGCGAAAACCUUGUGACCUGGUUUACGCACGGCAUUUAAUCUACUGGGCGUGUACUGGAAGAGAGGUUGAAUUCAACGUUGAAUUUCCCUGUUAUUUGUUUUUAUUAUUGGGUAGGGUAGCGUCUGCUCUGCGUACUGUUCGAUGACACAUUGCCUAAUCUCCUUAUGUACAACGUCAUUACAAUUCCUCCUCCUACAGUGGCACCACGUUGCGGAUAGAGGCCUUCGAUCCGGAUGAUGUCUUACCUUUAUCUCUCCCUUCGAUACCUUGGACCCUUGCAACGAUGUGCCUUGUCACAACGUCGAGUUUCAUUUCAAUUUCGUGGUUAUAAACCACAUUAUCCAUGCAUGAGAUCCCAUAGCCUUUCAAAAAGAUCUCUUUUAUAGGGGAGUUGAAAUCUCUGUGGAAAUUAUGGGUUCCUUGAGAGCAAGGCGCUGUUCCGCCUGAAGCUUAAAUUUUAAUCACAGGUUUUAGUGAACGCAUGUAUAUCAUUUCUGAAACUCCAAUGCCUAGCAAGAAUCUUGGGAGGUGUUUUGCGGGUGCAAACCAAGGGGGUAAAGACUUGUAUACUGAUCUGCACAGCAAACGAAUCACAUGUCUCGUCUAAACAAACCUGAGGCAUCAGCGGAUUGAUGCUAUGGAAGCCUUUUUGUUUGAAUCCCUUCUGAACACUCUUUUUCAACCUAUUAGUAGAAGAAGCGACACAUAUAUUUCCCGAGUGACGCAGCAAAGAGUUUGAAUCUUGUUCGAGAGAGAGAGAGAGAGGGAGAGAGAGAGAGGCCUUCAUUCUUUCUCUCUACUGCUGUACUUCAAACUGGGCAGAGAUGUUGGAAGAGAAACAUAGCUGUGAACGACAUCUUCUUCUUCUCCUUCUUCCUAUGAUUCGACGUCUCAACUCUAACCCUUCACCAUCGAGAUUCUAGCAACAACUGGGUGAAGCUACACUUCACCGCAUUCCUUGGUCCAGAUGGAAGGACUUCACAUUGAUGAAAAAUGAACCCACAUUUACCUUCAGCCACUUCGGAUUGUUGGACAUUAAGCCUUUCAGCUCCAACAUCUUUGUUCAAAGAUUGUCGGCAAAGCUACCAAGGCUUUUGAAGCCUCGUGAGUGGAUUUUAGUACUAAUGUAGAAGUAUAUACAAUGAAGUCUUCCUAGUUGGUAGGUCUUUGCUCUGCAUCGCUGGGAUUCUACUCCCUCUGAAUCUACAGCUUCUGAGUGCGCAUGCUUUCAGCAACUAUGCCAACAUGAUACAAUACUGGGAAUGGCUUCUUCUGGCUUCAGUUCGUUGUUCUCGUCUACGGCACCACCGCCUCUCAACUGCAGCAUGCCUCUAUGGUUCAACAUUUCAUUUGUGUUUGACUCGGCAGUUGGAUGAAGGACACUCAUGGAAAACGUCUCCAGCAGAAGAAGUAUGAACACAGGCUCCGCAAGCUCUCUGCUCAUGGAUACCUGCAAAUUGAUCCCGCUGUGGUUGCAUUACGCAUUUUUGCUGGCAUCCCUUGGUGCAGUUCUCGUGAAUGGACAAGGCAGCUUAAGGAUCUCCUUCACAGAGAUGCCCUUGAGCAUUUCUUCCAGCAGGAACACAACAUUCCGCUUCGAUGUAAUGGACAAAAACGGUUUCAAUCCUUGUACUGAUCAGCAGUGUUCGUUCCGAUGCAAGCUAGAUCAAUCUGCCUUUCAAGACUGUCACGGGGGUCAAGCUUCCUUCCAAAACUUACCAGAUGGCGAGCAUGUUUUUUCCGCACUUGCACAGGUGCUGAAUGGAUCUCAUGCAUCAUCAGAAUUCAGUUGGAUUGUGGACACUAUUCCUCCAACGGCUGUAUUGGAUGGAGGUCGCUCCUACUCAAACGAAAUGAACGCUACCGUGAACAUUUCUUUUAGCGAAAAGUGUGAAAAUUUAGGAGGCUUUGUCUGCACGAACAUCAGCUCUUGUGAGCUACGGGUGUUCGGAGAGGGAACUGUUAUCCCUUACACUCUGAAAGAAAUAGAGAGGGGGCGAGUAUACACUUUGGUUGUCGAGUUUUCCAGGGAUGUUCCAAGAGGCAGAGUGGUUGUUGCGCUUGCGAGAAGUGCUUGUGCUGAUGCAGCUGGAAACCUGUUCAAAAGGAAGGAGAAUUCUUCGCUUGUCAUUCACUAUGAUCGAACUGCACCGAUUGUGAAUUUGUGGACCGCUGUUCCUGAUUUCGAUAUUGCAAUUGGUAGUGAACAUCGAACGAUUCAAGUCACUAACAAAGCCUCCAAUCUCAGAGUCUAUUUGGACUUCAAUGAGCCUAUCACCACGACUGCUGAAGGGCUGUUGGGUCUGCUGAAUGUGAGCAGUGGUGUUCUCACUGCAACGCAUCGUAGAACAGCUUCAAAUCGGCGUUUUGGUUAUCUGCUGAGCAACGUCGGCAAAGUUUCAGUGGUGACCAUAACUCUUCCAGGCAACGUGGUUGCCACUAGGUAUGGUACACUAGUGCCGAGCAUCAGCAGUACAACAUUUCUAUAUGAUAUGGAGAGACCAGAGGUGCGUCUCAUCACGUCCUCUCCUGCAAAGACGAAGAAUCAUAUUGUGCCCAUUGAAGUGCUUUUCACAGAAGCUGUCUUCGGAUUCAACUCUUCGGGUGUAUUAGUGUCAGGGGGAGCAUUGACAAGCUUUAGAGAAGUAUCAAAAAACACGUAUGCACUGGAAGUGUAUGCGGUGGAUGACAACGUCGUGUCAGCCGUUGUGCCUGAAAGCCAAUGUGUGGAUGUUGCGGGAAACUCCAACUUGGCGUCAUCCAUUUUACAAGUGCGACAUUAUACAACACCAGCUGUCUCAGUUGGCCUGUGUUACUUAACAACGGCGGGUUUGUUAUCCACUGCUUUCGUGUCGGGAGUUCUUACGGUCUCCUCUACAAUUCUUGCGGCUGUUGGGGCUUUAUCUAACGGAGAACCUGGGUCGAUUAGAAAUGACCCAUCAAGGAACUUUUUGGGCAUGGCAUGCCAUCUUCAAAUUUUUGCUCUGUCAGACUGGUUAUCUGUGAGCCUUCCCAUAGAGUAUCGGGAGGUGACUAACGGUCUGCAAUGGCUGAUACCACAUCUGAGAACCCCGUGGCAAGAUAACCAGAAAAUGUCCAACGCUGGAUUUGAGAUCGAGCACGAGGUUAUGACCAGCAUCCCAAGGAUAAUUAGAAACUCGUUUGGAAGGAAACGACGAUUACUUGCAACGGGAACCAGUUAUGGUUCAACUCUUGUUCAUAGAGGACGCAUGCUGGGAACCAACACGACAAUGUAUGGACCCGCUUUUCAACACCAAGAUUACGAACUUUAUUUCCUGAAUCCAUGGCCAGGAAUGAGCAGCAUGAAGAAAAGAAAGUAUUCGGGAUGGCAGGAUUUCGAGAGGAACAUCUUCUGGAUUUGUGUGGUCGGUGGAAGCUUUUGCCUCCUACACAUACUUGUUUUGCAAUUCCUACGCAGACGGUCAAAAUCAUCUCUCCGAGGAGCUCUUAUUUUUCCACGGCCUGAGCUUUUCUUCUUGGUUCUUGUAAUGCCUGGCCUCUGCCAAGCGUCUGCAUUCAUCAUCAGAGGUGGCACAACUGUUGGCAUUGCAAUUGGUGUCCUCCUGCUCUCAAUCCCAGGAGUUUUCUUGCUCUGUUUGAUAAUUCUCGUUGUUCACGGAGUCUGCUUUCGAGCACUAGUACAGUAUAAGGAAUUCCGUCCCCGGGAUCACAGCAAUGUCUCCUCUCAAAUCCAAACCAACCGAGGUCUUGUAACAUACCUCACAGGCACAGGAUUUCCAGGAAUGUGGGUUCGGAGGAGUCGUCUCGCACUGACGUUCUUGCCGAGGUACGGGCUAUUCUUUGAGGAUCGCAAAGGCCCUCCCAGGAUCAUCGCUGUGGAAAUUGCUCACAAGUACAACAACAACAACAGCACGAGGGAUGGAAUAGGCAACAUCGUUGAUAGCGUUGACACCGAUGAAAAUGAUAGUGAUGAAGUGGAGGCAUCUUGUUUCAAUCAGGCAGUGGGCUGUGCUCGAGCAGCUUACAUCCUGCUGGACCUUUCUCGACGAAUCGCUCUUGGCGUGCUGUUUGGGGCGUAUCCGCGGUCAGAUCAAUCUUGGAGCCAAACUGGGCUGGUCUUUGGGAUCCAUCUCGUGCAGCUCUUGUACCUCGUGCUGGUCAAGCCUUACAGAAAAAGAAGUGUACAACUAGUUGAAACCAUCUCUCUACUCUGUGAAGUGGGGGUUUUCUCAAUGGCCUUAGCGCUGCUCGCUAAAGGGGACCCAACAGAGAACCAUUUCGCCAUUGGAAUUCUGAUGAUUGCGUUCCUGCUCAUCAGUUUUGUGGCGGAGCUGGUGAAUGAAUGGUACGCAAUCAUGAAGCAACUUUUGCAUCUGUCAACAAUACAAGAGCCUUCUCUGAAGGAGGGCCUCAAAAUGCUAGCAGGAGGCAUUAUAAUCCCAUUCAUGCCGCGUUUCACAUGGUCAAGAUUCAUAAACUUCCCUCCGCCACCUCCGACUGGAACGGCACCCCAGCUUUCUUCCUCACGAUCCAUCAAAGGAGAAAAUGCGCCACGGGGUACGCUGGAAAGACAUAUACAAGAUAGCACAGCCCACCUGGGCAGCCCACUGGAAAUCGCCACAACUCCUGGAGCUUUUAUCUCUCUGUACCAUCCUGAAUCGCCAGCGUUUAUCGAUCCCAGAUCCUAUCGAGGUAAAUCAAGGGAUGGAGACAGUGGUCCACCCUCAGGGGAACUUCGACAAGAAGAAGCUCAGAAAACGUGGAGCAGUAAGAGAGCUAUCGAGGGAAAGAAAUCAAAAGGUUCGAGCAAGGACAACAAAACUGAGGAGCUGAGGAUGUUGAGGGAGCUUGCUAAGGCAAGCUUUUCUCGGCGGACAAGAGAUGACGAUUGUGGAGCGGAGCAAGGGGUGGGCACAUACAGGGAAGGAAUGGGCACCCCUGUCGGUGCUUUCUCUCCAGCUGGAAGCCCACAGAGAAGGGGACAGAAACGAUAUGCCCGGCGCAGGAGGGAGUUCCAGGGAGUCCCUCAGAAAUCCAUGGUAGGCUACACCGACGACUCCGUCUCGGAGGCCACUUCUGAGGUUGAUACUCUUCACGAAGACCCUCCAUCUCUGCCAGAUCCCAAUACCUUAGCUGAUUCAGCAGCACCUUUUGUGGCAUCCUCCUCUACAAGUAACAAAGGUUCAGGUCACGGCGAAAGUCUACCUUCGAACCUGCCAUUCCGUGAACUUGGAAUUGCAAUUCGACCUCUCGAGGAACGCUGAAAACCCUAACAUUCUUUCCCUAUGACGGCAAGGACUGCACAGUCUAGUGAUUCUCUUCAUACUACUUAAAUGCAGUCCUCGGUACACUCCGUAGAAGCAUACGAGAUUCUUGGUAAUCGGAAUCACCGCACUCCAGACGCCCUAAUUCUGCAGGGAUGAUGGGCCUUACGCCUGCAGCAAUGCACAUAGUCAGGCUUUCUACAAACUUGGCUGUGGGGACGACUCGAAUCUAUUUCUCAGAAUUCUGCGCAAGAUUGACUGGCGCUAACGAUCAUGGCAGAGAUUCAGGAAACAAGGUCUCUAAGCUGAACAUAUUCUUUUCGCAGGACACAACGGGAAGACUUCGUGCGCAAUCUACGCAGAUAAAUAGGGCAAAAAGGCUGUAGGGAUUAUUUGCUGAUACUUCAGGUGUAAUCUCCAAUAUUGAGAGAUUGCCUAAACACGGUCGUUCUCAGGCUCCUGGUGCAGACAGAAUCUCUAGCCGACUUGUCUCAUUGACAGUGAAGACUGAACAUGAUUCAGUACAAAUUUUCUUGACGUUCCAAUUCUUUUUGUUAUCCUUUUCAUGUUAUGACUUAGAGGUCUUGGAUGUUUGUGGAGGGUAUUGAUAAGUAAUAAAUCUGAUGUACCAGCUCCUCCGUGAUACUCGUAAUAUGAAACCCAAUGAGUUGAUGACA